GCCUUUGGGUGGUCAUGCAGUCAGAGGAGUUGAUCUGCUUCAUGUGUCUGUAGUUCAGAAAGAAGGACUCAUGCUUGGGAGCCUGCAGCCUUCGUGAUGUAAAAAGUGAAAGUUUUAAUGGUGCAGAUGAGUUUCCAUUGAUGCCUAAGGCAACGAUCUCAUCGUCCUUUUCGCAUCUAGGCACGGCCACAUGCAGCUGGUACUGUGAAGUGGUUAUUACACAGCCUAUAACACCGAGAAAAAGCCCAAACAUGGAACUUUUCUGUUUGGAAAAGGACACAGUCGUGCGAGCUCAAAAAGAUCCCAACAUCUUCUGCGAUGAACGAGUAUUGCAAAGUCUUCUAACAGUGGAAGACAGAUACGUUCCGCAGGGACCUUAUUUUAAAUGUGUCCAGAAGGAUAUUCAACCUUUUAUGAGGAAAAUGGUUGCGACGUGGAUGCUGGAGGUUUGUGAGGAGGAGAAAUGUGAAGACGACAUUUUUCCGUUGGCUAUGAACUACCUGGACAGAUUUUUAGCUGCAGUUCCUACGAGAAAAUGUUAUUUGCAGCUCUUAGGAGCUGUUUGUCUCUUCCUGGCUUCAAAAUUAAAAGCAUGCCAGCCGCUGUCGGCCAGAAAGCUCUGCAUGUACACAGACAACUCCAUUACAUCUCAACAACUGCUGGAGUGGGAGUUGGUGGUGCUCAGUAAAUUGAAAUGGAACCUGGCUGCCAUCACUCCUCUGGACUUUAUCGAACACAUCCUGCACAAACUGCCCUUUCACGAAGACAGACUGACGCUGAUCCGUAAACACACGCAAACCUUCAUCGCCCUCUGCGCAACAGAUCAUAGCUUUACCAUCUACCCUCCCUCCAUGAUCGCCACAGGAUGUGUGGGGGCAGCAGUGUGUGGCCUGCAGUCCAGCCAGAGCAACCAAAGCCUGUGGGGGGACAAUCUGAUGGAGCUGCUGGCUAAAAUCACCAACACUGAGCUGGACUGCCUGAAAUCUUGUCAAGAACAGAUCGAACAGUUACUGACCAACAGCUUGAAAGAAACCCAACAGCAGCAUCAGCAACAGCAGCAGGACGGCAGAGCCAGCAGCAAAGGGACGCAAUCUCAAAACCUGUCCUGCACCCCCACAGACGUCCGGGACGUUAACUUAUGAUGUCACUUCCUGUUCCUAUCCAACAGAUGCUUCAGUUAUUAAUAUAUUACUGUAUUUAAGCAAUUCCACACGACUGUCACGAUCAAAUAAAACACACACGCAUGAUAUUUUUGUAAAGGCGCAAACCAGCUGCUGUCCCCGUCUGGUAUCUACAGGCGGUGGUGUUUUACAUACUUGAACUUCAAUUGAAUCAGCCUCAAAUUAUAACUCGAUCAGUAAUGCGGUAAUAAUUUAUAUUAAUUAAAGAACAUAGCAGCUAUGUUGGCUAUCAUAUGCAACAGUAUCAAUUAUUGAUAUUAUUUAACAGUUAGAAGAACAACACACUAUUGUUGUUGUUAAGAAUAUUAGCCUUUUUAUCUAGUGCUGGGCAAAAAUUAAUCGCAUACAAAAUAAAAGUCUGUUUUGACAUACUAAAUGUGUGUGUACUGUGCAUGCAUAAAUACACACAUGCAUGCAUAUA